AUGUUCAACGAUUCCGACCCCGCCCUAUGGCCGCUGCCCCCCGUGCAUUAUCGCAUGCGUGUGCUCAAAUUGAUCAUCGCCCGCCUUGAACAAUCACUUACCAAUCCGGAGGAGGAUGAAAUCAUCGACGACCUCCUCGAAACAUGGGGCACCUUACUCACGCACCCCAAACCCUCCGCCAUCCAACAAGCCCAACAACUCACCUACAUCAAAUACACCGCCCCGCCCCCGCCGCCCCCGCAUCCAACCACCAGUCCCCAAACAGCCGAACCACCAGUGCAACAACCCCAAUUCGCGCAACGAACCACCAUCACCUCCGAAUCCCGCGGCCUGAUCCUUUCCGCGGGCACCACCGGGUUCCGCACGUGGGAAGCCGCCCUCCACCUGGGGACCUACCUCGCGACGAACCCCAGCGCCGCCCACGCCUGGAUCGCCGGAAAACGGGUGAUCGAGCUCGGCGCGGGCACGGGAUUUCUGGGGUUGUUCUGCGCGCAACACCUUCAGCCCCGGUCCGUGGUUGUGACCGAUCGCGAGAUCGCCUUGAUCGAGCAGAUCCAGGAUUGUGCGGGGCGGAAUAAGCUGCUAAGCGAUGGGGACGGCCACAAUAACGACACCCCGGGUAAACGGUUCGCGGCGGGGAUCUGGGAGUGGGGGACUCCAUUGGAUAUUCCCGGGUUGGGUAAUGGUAGUGGUGGUUCCUCGGGAGUGGGAGAUGGCGCAUUGGGUGAAGCGAAGGACCUUAAAUUCGAUGUCGCGUUAGGGGCGGAUUUGAUCUACGAUGUUGACCUUGUUCCCCUCCUUGUCGCGACCAUCCAGGACCUCUUCACCAACUAUGGUCUGCAGCAAUUCAUCAUCUCCGCCACUUUACGAAACGAGGAUACUUUCCGGACGUUUCUGAGAGCUUGUGAAGCUCAAGAUUUCACUGUCGAGCAGAUCCCCUUCACAUCACCUCCCGAGGCAGAGCAGAAGGGCUUCUAUCAUUCCACGGCUAUUCCAAUCCAUAUAUAUCGGAUCACAAGACCGACAAUCUAA